UUUUUUUUUUUUGUCUAAAGAGUGAAUAAUUAGUUGGAUUUUUGACUUUAAUAAAAGUAACAAUUUUAGUGACUGAAAUCUGAAUUGUUAAGAUUUUCUUCUCGACUUUCAAUGGCAAUAAAUCUCAUUAAAUUAUAUGGCUAAUUUUAGCUAAGAACAAUUGUUAUAGAUGUGAUAUAAUACAAUAAGUUUACUGUAUAGCAAUUUUUUAAAUCUAAACUCCGGUUGUUGACUGCUGAAGGGCGGAGUAGCGCCAACCUCUCUCGUCUCCCCACCAAUUUGAGCUACAGAAAUGGAGUAUUUAUGGACGAUACUGUUCAUUUUCAUUAGCCUCGCUCUUUGUUUUGCUGCAGCUAUUAUUUCUGCUCUCAUCAUAGAAGCUUUCAAGAGGAGAUUCAAUCGCGAGCACGUUGAAGCUCCAGCAAUCUUCGAGGACCCAAACUCGUUGAAACGGGUUCCUUGCCCUUCAAUUUUUGAUCCAGCUGAGAAGUACAUGUCCUUGAUCGUUCCUGCUUUCAAUGAAGAGUACAGGCUUCAUGGAGCUCUGGAGGAAACCAUCAAUUAUCUUCAACAACGUGCUGCAAAGGACAAGUCAUUUUCCUAUGAGGUCAUAAUAAUUGAUGAUGGGAGCGCCGAUGGCACAAAAGGUAUAGCUUUCAAUUUUGUUAGGAAGUACUCUGUAGAAAAGGUGAGGGUUAUACUUCUUGGAAGAAAUCAUGGAAAAGGGGAAGCUAUUAGAAAGGGAAUGCUUCACUCACGUGGUGAGAUACUUCUAAUGCUGGAUGCUGAUGGAGCAACCAAAAUUACCGACCUAGAAAAACUUGAAAACCAGAUUCAUGCAGUGGCUAAGAAGGAAACUUCAAGAGAUUCAAGCAUUAAAAUAUCUGAUAUUCCUAUCACUGCAUUUGGUUCUCGUGCUCAUCUUGAGGAAAAGGCUUUGGCUACAAGGAAGUGGUACCGCAAUUUCUUGAUGAAGGGUUUUCAUCUUGUGGUUCUUCUAAUUGCUGGUCCUGGAAUACGGGAUACACAGUGUGGUUUUAAGAUGUUCACGAGAUCUGCUGCAAGGAAGCUGUUUAUUAACAUUCGUUUGAAGAGGUGGUGCUUUGAUGUCGAGUUGUUUUACCUCAGCAAAUAUUUUGGCAUUCCUAUGAUUGAAGUAUCUGUGAACUGGUCUGAAAUACCCGGAUCCAAGCUAAGUCCUCGGAGCAUUUUAAAUAUGCUAUGGGAGCUCGCACUCAUGUCGAUCGGAUACAAAAUUGGGAUCUGGAGAAUUUUCAACUGAGUGUCCGACUGAAUUUCUGAGACCAGGAGGGGGGAGGGGGAAUGAAUGAUUCACGAAUACGUAAGCAACUUAACUCAUUGCUGUUCAGCCUUUCAGCUGGUCCUGCAUUUCCAUUAUAAAAGAAGCAUUUCCUGUGCACAAUGGAUGGCCCAGAUUCAUCAUACUCUGCCUUUGCAAUCCACAUCUGCAGGAAAAGAAACAAGACAUCAACGACAGUGAUAAGUGUUGAAAAUAAGUGAGAGCUAAACUGAAAGCAUUUAGUGAAAGUCUCUGAGUAAUAUCAACCUGCUGGAAGGUACUCAGAGAAGCCAAGAUAGAGCCACCAAUCCAGACACUAUAUUUUCUCUCUGGUGGUGCCACCACCUUGAUCUUCAUGCUGCUUGGAGCCAAUGCGGAGAUUUCCUUGCUCAUUCUAUCGGCAAUUCCUGAAAACAUGGUCGAACCACCAGAGAGGACAAUGUUGCCAUACAGAUCCUUCCUGAUAUCCACAUCGCACUUCAUGAUGGAAUUAUAUGUGGUUUCAUGAAUACCUGCAGCUUCCAUUCCGAUCAUGGAUGGCUGGAAAAGAACUUCUGGGCAUCUAAAACGCUCAGCACCAAUUGUGAUGACCUGUCCAUCAGGCAACUCAUAGCUCUUUUCAACGGAUGAACUGGUUUUGGAUGUUUCAAGCUCCUGCUCGUAGUCAAGCGCAAUAUAUGAAAGCUUUUCCUUCAUAUCUCUCACAAUCUCACGCUCUGCUGUGGUGGUAAAUGAAUAACCACGCUCCGUGAGGAUUUUCAUCAAGUUAUCGGUUAGAUCACGGCCAGCUAGAUCAAGUCGAAGAAUGGCAUGUGGAAGAGCAUAACCCUCAUAUAUGGGGACUGUAUGACUGACACCAUCACCAGAGUCCAUCACAAUGCCUACAUAAUAGAAUACAAUCCAUCAUUGCUAAAUAAUGUCCUCAAAUACCAAUCAGCUGGUGACACAAUCAAAUCAAAGAUCAAACUUUCAAACUUAAUUCAAUCUUCAAAAGUUUGCAGCGACAAUGAACUUAUUAGACAAUGCAAAUGGUAUAAUGAAGCCUUACCAGUCGUUCGGCCGCUGGCAUACAGUGAGAGGACAGCUUGAAUAGCUACAUACAUUGCCGGAGUGUUGAAGGUCUCAAACAUGAUUUGGGUCAUCUUUUCACGGUUAGCCUUGGGGUUAAGAGGAGCCUCUGUUAGGAGAACAGGAUGCUCCUCCGGCGCAACACGGAGCUCGUUAUAGAACGUGUGAUGCCAUAUCUUUUCCAUAUCAUCCCAGUUGCUCACAAUACCAUGCUCAAUUGGGUAUUUCAGAGUCAAAAUACCACGCUUGGAUUGAGCUUCAUCGCCAACAUAAGCAUCUUUCUGGCCCAUGCCAACCAUCACCCCGGUGUGGCGAGGACGACCAACAAUGCUAGGGAAGACUGCCCGGGGAGCAUCAUCCCCAGCAAAUCCAGCCUAAAACAAUGACACAGAGAAGAAGAGGUAUUAGCCAUUCAUACAAUUCACCACAAAGGGCUAAACCAUAGAGUUUUAUUUUGGUCUUCUAGAAAAUUCUACCUUGACCAUUCCUGUUCCAUUAUCACACACAAGAGGCUGAAUGUCCUCUGCAUCUGCCAUCUUUUACCCUGUUUGGAUAAAUUGCUAUUAGUUGGAGAACCCUAAACAUUCUAGACAAUUUGAUUCGGCCCACAUUUGAAAGUAA